UGACGACUCGAAGUGAUUCAAAUGAUUUACCUCAAUCUACAAGCCAUAUAUCGUUCUACCGCGCAAGACGCCCAGCUUUCGUCUCGUAUGGACCACAUUGAUCGAGUCGGACGCCAUCAAGGGAUGCUACCACUCCGAUCCCAAUCCCCAAACACCGACACACUACCCCCAGUCAAUGCCGCGAUUCAAACUUCGAGUUUAAAGACUUCUAACUCGUUAUAGAAAACACCUCACCAUGCGGUGUCGUUCCAGCACUUAGCUAGACAUUAUUUUAUUUAAAUAAAGUUUUUAAAAGAAGUGCCUAAGUCUUUUAGUUUACUGAUAGAAAUCACGUAUUCCAGGCUGGAAAGUUAACGUAUACCGAUUAGUGCUUCAAGCUGCAAUUCUUGAACGAAAAUACUAAUAAGAAAAAUAAUACGAGCUAAAGAAAAUGGCAAAUUUUCGGGGAUUUUACAUACCUCCCAUCGGUGCGGCUUUCAACGUCGCCUGGGAAACCCUGAAGGCAAAGUGGCCGGAAAAUAGCCCGUGCAUGGAAUUGAUUCGUGGCACUGGCCAUGGGGGUCAACAACAAGGUCAACAAAAACAAUUCGAACAAUUUAACGAGGGUAAUGACAACACGGAAAUGACAGCAAUGAACGGGGAACACCCUUAUGCCGAACAAAGCAACGGGGCUGUGGCUGAAGACUCUUUCAGCUAUCAGCGAAGCGGCGACAAGCCGAGAGGUGCCAGUAUGAGUAGCGGUGGAUUCAGCGAAUACGACGAUGGUGGAGAGUUUGGGGCUCCAGGAGUCAAAAUCAACGAAUGGCAGGCAGCUUGGAAUAUCACCAAUGCAAUCCAGGGGAUGUUCAUCGUGAAUCUACCAUUUGCCGUACUUCGGGGUGGUUAUUGGGCGAUAGCUGCGAUGAUUGGAAUCGCACACAUUUGCUGUUAUACUGGAAAAAUAUUGGUCGAAUGUUUGUACGAGUUAGAUCCCGCUACGGGACAGCGUGUCAGAGUGAGAGAUUCCUAUGUGGCUAUUGCAAAGGAAUGUUUUGGACCGAUGUGGGGAGCGCGAGCUGUUAAUAUAGCGCAGAUAAUCGAACUGUUGAUGACCUGCAUUCUCUAUGUCGUCGUAUGCGGGGAUUUGAUGAUGGGGACAUUUCCCGAAGGAGCGAUUGACACCAGGAGUUGGAUGAUGUUGAUAGGGAUAUUUUUAAUUCCCUUGGGAUUCCUCAAAUCCCUGCAUCACGUGUCGGUCCUCAGCUUUUGGUGCACCAUGGCCCACUUGUUGAUAAAUGCUAUCAUCGUGGGCUACUGCAUUCUAGAGAUUGGCGAUUGGGGGUGGUCAAAAGUCAAAUGGAGUAUAGACAUGAAAAACUUUCCAAUUUCUCUUGGAGUGAUCGUAUUCAGUUACACCUCUCAAAUAUUUUUACCAACUUUGGAGGGGAAUAUGAUUGACCGUUCGAAGUUUGACUGGAUGAUCAAUUGGAGCCACAUCGCGGCAGCAGCUUUCAAGUCCUUGUUCGGAUGGAUCUGUUUCAUGACUUUCCAGACGGAUACUCAACAAGUAAUCACUAAUAAUCUUCAUUCUCCGAGUUUUAAAGGACUGGUCAACUUUUGCCUCGUCAUAAAAGCCGUCCUCUCUUAUCCCUUGCCGUAUUACGCUGCAUGCGAACUUCUGGAGCGCGCUUUUUUCCGAGGAAGACCAAAGACGAUAUUUCCUACUAUUUGGACCGUCGACCGUGAACUCAAAGUUUGGGGAUUAGCAUGGCGAGUCGGCGUUAUAGUUGUGACGAUUUUAAUGGCGAUUUUUAUCCCUCACUUUGGGAUAUUAAUGGGAUUUAUUGGAUCCUUUACCGGCACCAUGUUGUCUUUCAUCUGGCCUUGCUACUUCCAUUUGAAACUGAAGAGAAACUCUAUGGAAUGGGGAACGGUGGCCUACGACUGUUUCGUUAUUUUUCUGGGUGUUUUAUUUGGAGUUAUUGGAGUGUACGAUUCAGGUUCGGCUCUCAUUGAAGCCUUCGAAAUCGGUCUACCAUUUUAAUUUAUUUUAUGGGGUCUGUUUAUCUGGACGUAGAUAUGCGAUGUUCACGCACAUAAUAUAUAGUUACGAUGUUAGAUAUAAAAAUACAGACAGACAAAACGCGCACAUAUCGAUAAUAUUCUGUAUAUCCAGAAGCAAUGUUCUACCGGACGCAUAUCAGAGUCGGUUUUUCGACUCGAAAUUUCAUCAACGAGUAGUAUACUAUACUUUGCGUUUAUUAUUGUGUAUAUAAUUUUGGAAAUUCUGCAUAAUUAUCUUGUUUACAGCUUCUAAGUAGAUCUCACAAGAUAUCGUUCUCACUUAUCUAGCUUCUGAACACCUAAACAGACAGUGAUCGUAACAAUAUUAUACCACACAUAAUCUAAUGUCUUCCAAUGUUAAAAUUAUACAAGUAUUACCCAUUGUUACGUAGGUUUCUGUAUUUUAUAACAACCAUUAAUACGAAUCAUAAGUUUUAUGUAGAUGUUAUAACUAUGAGGUUCGAGUGAUCGAAUGAGGCGAAUAAUGGGUCAGUUUAAGUGAAAAGACUGUUGGGAAUCUACACGUAAUGAGAUGGUAUUCAAUGAGAAUAGAUUAAUUAUUGAUUAUGAUAGCAUAUUUUAACAAAACCCACGGAGGUUUGUUUACCCACUGAUUUGAAUGAAUACGUAUAUUUAUAAAUUAUGAACAAUUCAAUGUCUUCCAAACGUCUAACAGACCAAAGAUGGUUUUUAUCUACACACUGUUUUUGACGUAUUUUCCAAUAAUGAGACAAUGAGACAUGGGGCGUAUAGAUAAAACUGUGUUUUUAUGCAACAUCUACUACCUACCGUUAUUGUUCCACUUGUUAUUAUUACGGUUUGAAAGAAAAAAAUGGUAUUGUCCCUUUUCUCAAUGCCAAUAAGUUAUUAUACAUACAUAAAGUAGGAUAAUAUAAUUGACCUAACGGUCGAACACUGACAAAAACCAAAAGAGCGUUUGUGUCUUUAAAUAAUAUAUUAAUCAGUUAAUAGUAAAUCAAGUCUUCCAAUGAUGUCUUCCAGAACGACAAAUAAUGUUUAACAAAGAAUUCUUUAUUAACUAUAAUAAUAAAUU